AUGUUCCAUGCCGGUGAGGAGCUCCAUUCCGGCAAGUGGCUCGCAGACUUCCAGAAGACGGGGCUCACGGCAUGGCACAUCUGCAUCGAGAAGCUCCAGAUGGGCCCGCUGCAGAGCUGCGACGGAGAACUGCUGCAGGCCUUCUGUGCCCAGACGCUGGCACGGCUCUCGCGUGCCUUCGCGAGUUGGUUCCCGGAUGUCGAGUCGCGAGCGAUUGCGAGGGACUGCCUGGAGUCGCUUCUCACUGGGCAUGCCCAUGGGCAAAGUCUGGUUUGGAAACAGCUGGCACUGGCCCUGGCUUGUGCAGAGCUUUGGCUUGGUACUUGGGCGGCGGCGGCUUCGCUGAACUCCAGCCUCCCUGCGACCGUGAGGCGUGAGCUGCUGGUCCUACCCGCAGAGCUGCUCUUUGACGCCAAGGCGCUGCCACUUACGGACCAGAACUUGCGACAGGGUGCCGCCGCCUCCCUCUUCCGCUCCUGUGACGCAGUCUUCGGCUUCCUCCUAGGGACCGGAUCCGACGGCCAGGACUUGCGAAUUCUGGGUGCCUGGCUCAGGGCCGUGCGCAAAGCGCAGCUCUGGCUGCCCACUGGCGAUGUGGCUGCGCCGUUGCGGUGCCUGGCACAAUACUUGGAGCCACUCUGCAGUGCCGCAUUGAUGGCAAAAGCCGAAGCGUCCGAGGUGGCACAGCAGCUCGCAAAGUGGCGCGGGGCCCCGAAGGAGGCCGCGGCCCUCCUCGGGCCACUCUGUAGCAGCCUCUUCCAAGGGGACAGCUCCAUGGAGGCAGAGCUUCGAGAGGACUCCUUGAAAAGCUGGCUCCUGCCUCUGCUGGUGGACCUGGCAGAAGACUUUUGGCCGAGAGCUGCGGUGGGCGAGCUGGACCUGGACUGGGAGCUCAUCGCCAGGCAGGCGUUUGCCCUGCUCAGCGAAGCCGCGCAGACUUGGGAUGGGACUCAUUCUGUGGAGGAGUGUCUCAACAAAAUCAAGUCUUUAAGCGCAUGGUCGUUAACCCAGGAAACACUGCACGCCGCAGUGCGAGCAGCAGACACCUUCAGCUUUCACGAUUCUGGACAGGCGACUGCCUUCCAGCCUCCCCCGGAGAAGCGGAGCCGACGAGCCCACGACCGCUGGCAGCUCUCCCGACACCACUUGGCCCAAGCCAGCAGCAUCAGUUCCCUCUUCUCACUCUUGCUCCAAACUUUGCUGGAUUGCAUGCGGCUCCCGGAAUUCCCGGAAGAUGAGGAGGCCCUGGGGAUGCUCCAAAGGGCCCGGCAGGAGGUGGAAGCGGCCUUGCUGCCCUGGGCGGCGCUCCUGACCAACUCCGAGACCUGGAUCGCCGAGCUCUGGGAGCCCUUGAGGCGAGUGGAGGAGCUGCUCUCUGGAGUAAAGGAGGAGGAAGGCGACUUUUUGACCUUCCAGGUGGCCCGGGACAUCGAGGUGGUGAUCUGGUUCUUCGGAGCCUUCUGCGCCAGCCUCCCCGAGGGUCAACCGAGCUUUGCUGCUGCCGAAGCCGCCUCCCGAGCCAUCUCCAGCAUC